AUGGAUCCUCGGGCAGCCUUCCAGCACUUCUCAGAUGGUAAGCCUGUGCUGGACAUCGACGACCUCAGCUGCGCCGUGCUCGCGGUCUUUGGCUUCAAAUUCAAGAAGCAGGAUCUGCGAGACCUCAUGGAACAGUACGGCACCAGGUCCGAAGGAGAGUCCUGCUUUCUCCCGCUGCAGGCCUUUCUACAGCUGGUCGAAGACAGGAGGAGAGUUUUGGGUGAACGAGAUCGUGCGCUGCGGCUGUUCAGUGCGUUAGAUGUCAAGGACCAAGGCUUCCUGGAUCUCAAGAGCUUUCAUCAGCUGUGUUUGGAAACAUGUCGUCCCAGCGCCCAGCGGGCCGCAGAGAUCUUCCAAGACAUGGACAGGACCAUGCCAGACGAAGAGAAGGAGAAGGAGCUUCCUGUGAGUCCAUUGCAAGAACUGGCAGACAUCCGCAAGCGGCACCAGGAAAGGUUUCAGGAACGAGAACAGCAAGCAGCCGAAGCGGAACGGAAGCGAGAACAGGAGAAGGAAGACGCGCAGCUGGCCGAGGCCUAUGCGAAGGAAGAGGAAGAGGCGCGGUUGAGGCAACUGGAAGCGGAUGAGGAAUAUUCACGCCAGCUUGCAGCGCAACUCAAUCCUGGAGGCAGUGUGCCUUCCUCACAGCCAAACUUCGACGGAGGCGGUGGAAGAAGUGAAGCACUUCCCACGGAUGAUGCCGAACUUGCAGCAUACUACCAGCAGCUCGAGGACGGCGAAGCGGAAGGUUAUCGUGCGCCCAUGCGCACCAACUACAUGGAGCGGCUCAUCGAAUCACCACAAGCCGAAAAUCUCACCUGGGCUUGGGCCAUGCUUCAAGGACAAGGAGACUCGGCCCGCGAGCCCAUGGUCUCGGCGGAGCCCUUGACGCAACGCCCCAGCAGCCCCGGCUGGCGCACCCGCAUCGCGGUGCCGCGGCAAGGGCGGACAAGAGCUUGGCACAACUUGGGUGUCAAGAGCUUGUCCAAGGCUCUCCUGAAGGACGACAACUCAGUGACGGAGAGCUACCAGAGUCGCAGCGCACCAUUCAGCGGCACUUCGCGCACACCGGUGAGUCGCCAGGACAGCGGCUCCGUUGCCGAGAGUCGUGAGAGUCGUAGCGCACCAUUCAGCGGCACCGCGUCGCGCACGCCGGUCAGCCGCCAGGACAGCGACUCGGUUGCCGAGAGCAGUCAGAGUCGCAGUGCCCAAAGCCGCACCACGUCGCGCACACCGGUAAGUCGACAGGACAGCGACUCUGUUGCGGAGAGUCGUCAGAGUCGGAGCGCUCAAAGCGGCAACAAUCCGCGCACGCCCGUGAGUCGCCAGGACAGCGACGUUGCGGAGAGUCGUCAGAGUCGGAGCGCUCAAAGCGGCAACAAUGCGCGCACGCCCGUGAGCCGCCAGGCCUCCUCAGCAGAUGACCUGGAUAUCUUUCAGAGCUAUUCCAGGUUUCGACUCAAGGUGGUGUCCAUGUUCGGGUCGAUGGCGUCAGGGCUCUACGAGUUGGGUGCUGACCCACAAACUGGCAGGAUUUCGCAGGAAGACUUUGUGCGGGUUUGUGCCGACACAUUGGAGAUGAUGUCGGAACGUGAGGCGUUGAGCCUCUUUCGCCACUUCACCAAUGCAGACCCCUUUGGUGCAGAGGACGAGGCCUUUGCCACGUUCAAAGAUCUCAGUAUUGAUGAGGAGGAAUGGAAGUAUGUUGUGGCCACGAAGCAACAGGCAAAGACCAACUCCACAGCGAUCCCCUUUUCAUCGGUGCCCUCAGGCAGCAGCGCUGGAUUGUAUCACCGACCAAUCAACGUGAAUCAAGUCAGUGAACAGCGUGAACAGCGACAAGCCUUGUCCAGUGAGGACGACAAGGAUGACAAGGAGGACGAGGAGGAGGAGGACGAGGUCCAGUCUUUGCUUGCGCGGCAAUAUUCCAUAGAGGUGUCCUUUUUAACGUGGCAGAAGGUUCAUGCACAUGUGGGGCAAGAAUACUUUCCGGAGGAUGCUGAGGGCAUCUUCGUCGUGAGACCACGGCAGAUGGUGGAAGCAAGACUGCCUGGCGAUGGAUGGAGGCAUUCCAUCAACUUGCUCUUCGUGGGCAACACCAACGGCCCUCCAAAGAAGAGCGAUACGUUGUGGUACAAGCCGGCAACCACCAUGAAUUGCUUACCUGCCUUCCUGGCGGACGUGGUGCGACCACGUUGGGACAAUUUGCGCGAAAUAGCUACGACGCUUUGCUGUGAGACGCAAUGGUCCCUUGAGGACGAGAGCGAGAAAUUCUUGGCCAGCUUCGUCAUGUUCGAUUGGCAGGGUCUUUCAGACCGAGACAGAAGGCGUGAGAGCCCUUGGGGCAUGUGCAGAGACGAUUGGGUCCUUUGA